UAAUUCAAUCGUCAUUCAAUCAUUAACCCUUCCCCCUUAGAACCACAGUGAGUGUGUGUUUUUGUGUGUGAAAUUGUGAAGAGAUGUACUGUUCUUUGGUUACGCUUCCUAGAGCUGCUGAUCUUGGAUUUUUAACACAAUUCUAUAGUAAAAAUUCAUCAAUGGCUACAAGAAGCAACUUUUAUAUUGCUCCAUCACAGCUAACAAAACUUAGUGUGGGACCCAGAAAUCAGAAAGUCAGUUCAAGACUUCCUCAUAAGCCAAGAUUAUCUUCAACUCCAACAAGGGCGAAUCAUGAUUCUGCUGUUGUGACUGAUGAGCUUUCACCAAUGACAAACAUCAAAGCAGAAAUGAAAACUCCAAAAAUACUGGAGCUCGAUCCUGCUUUAGGACCCUACAAAGAUCACUUUGAAUAUAGAAUGAAAAGAUUUUCAGAACAGAAACUGCUCAUUGAUCAAUAUGAAGGAAGUGUUGAAGAAUUUGCAAAAGGUUAUUUAAAGUUCGGGCUUAACAGAGAAGAUGGAAGCAUUGUUUAUCGUGAAUGGGCACCAGCUGCCGAAGAAGCACAAUUAGUUGGGGAUUUUAAUGAUUGGGAUGGAUCGAACCACAAGAUGGAAAGAAAUGAAUUUGGGGUAUGGAGCAUCAAGAUUCCUGAUCAUGAUGGAAACUCAUCAAUUCCUCAUAAUUCAAAAGUUAAGUUCAGAUUCAAGCACAACAAUGGAGUUUGGGUUGAUCGAAUUCCAGCUUGGAUAAAAUAUGCCACUGUGGACUCCACUAGAUUUGCUGCCCCUUACGAUGGAGUUCACUGGGACCCACCGCCUUCAGAAAGGUAUGAAUUUAAGUACCCCCGUCCACCAAAACCCAACGCACCACGGAUAUAUGAAGCUCACGUCGGAAUGAGUGAUUCCGAACCCCGAGUGAAUUCCUAUCGAGAAUUUGCGGACAAUGUUUUACCUCGGAUUCAAGCCAACAACUAUAACACAGUCCAAUUAAUGGCAAUAAUGGAGCAUUCUUAUUACGGAUCAUUCGGUUAUCAUGUUACAAACUUUUUCGCUGUAAGUAGUCGAUCAGGAACACCCGAAGAUCUCAAAUACCUAAUCGAUAAAGCACAUAGUUUAGGGUUACGUGUUUUAAUGGAUGUUGUUCAUAGCCACGUCAGUAACAAUAUAACAGACGGGCUCAACGGGUUCGAUGUGGGCCAGCCCACACAAGAUUCCUACUUCCAUACGGGUCCACGAGGGUAUCAUUCUUUAUGGGAUAGUCGGCUUUUCAAUUACUCAAAUUGGGAAGUUCUUCGUUUCCUUUUAUCGAAUUUGCGAUGGUGGAUUGAAGAGUUUAAAUUCGAUGGGUUUCGGUUUGAUGGGAUAACUUCAAUGCUGUAUAAUCACCAUGGGAUUAACUUUGCGUUUACUGGUGAUUAUAAUGAGUAUUUUGGUGAAUCGAUUGAUGUUGAUGCUGUGGUGUAUAUGAUGCUUGCGAAUUGUUUGAUUGAUUUGUUGUUGCCUGAUGCGAUUGUGAUUGCUGAAGAUGUUUCCGGAAUGCCUGGACUUGGUAGGCCCGUGGAUGAAGGUGGGGUCGGGUUUGAUUUCCGAUUGGCUAUGGGGAUUCCUGAUAAAUGGAUCGAUUAUUUGAAGAAUAAGAAUGAUGAUGAGUGGUCAAUGGUGGAUAUUGCUACAUGUUUGACUAAUCGGAGGUAUAAUGAGAAAUGUGUUGCUUAUGCUGAGAGUCAUGACCAGUCGAUUGUAGGAGAUAAAACAAUUGCAUUUUUGCUUAUGGAUAAUGAAAUGUAUUCUGGGAUGUCUUGUUUGACCGAGGCUUCACCAGCUGUUGACCGUGGCAUUGCACUUCACAAGAUGAUUCAUUUUAUAACAAUGGCAUUGGGAGGAGAAGGCUACCUUAAUUUCAUGGGAAACGAGUUUGGUCAUCCAGAGUGGAUUGAUUUCCCAAGAUCAGGCAAUAAUUGGAGCUAUGAAAAGUGUAGACGCCAAUGGGAACUUGUUGAUACAGAGCACUUAAGAUACAAGUUCAUGAACGCUUUUGAUAGAGCUAUGAACUUGCUUGAUGAAAAAUUUUCCUUCCUCUCAUCCACCAAGCAGAUUGUAAGCAGCACAGAUGAAGAUGACAAGGUUAUAGUGUUUGAAAGGGGAGAUCUAGUGUUUGUUUUCAAUUUCCAUGCAGAUAAUACGUACGAUGGGUACAAGGUUGGUUGCGAUUUGCCAGGGAAAUAUAGAGUUGCUUUAGACAGUGAUGCUUGGGAAUUUGGUGGGCAUGGAAGAGUUGGUCAUGAUGUGGAUCAUUUCACUUGGCCUGAAGGAAUCCCGGGACUCCCUGAAACGAAUUUCAACAACCGUCCGAAUUCGUUCAACGUUCUUUCACCGCCAAGGACUUGUGUGGUUUAUUUUCGGGUUGAAGAAGACAUUAUGGAAGAAGCCAAAGAUGAUGUUGAUGAUAGAGAUUUAGACGAUGUUGAGAAAAUCCAAGAAGCAACUCACGAGCAAAGUGGAAAUCCCAAAAAUACCCUUGAAGAAGAAGAAGAAGACGAGAGAUUAAUUUGAUGUCAUUGUUGCUUUUGAAGAAUAUUAGCUACAUUUUGUACAAUAUUACUAUGUUAUUUUACUUAUUCCGAAUAUCCGUAUAGUUCAUUUAUAGAGUAGUGACAACUUUGUAAAUGCCUUAAUUUCAAACAACCAUAAAUUUUAAA